AUGCGCGACACGACCGAAGGCCUGAACAACUUUAUCCGUAGUAUCAGCUUCAAGCCAGGAGACAACGUUGUCAUCUUGGAUUCGGAGGAUCCCAACCAUGCAUAUGGCUGGAUGGCUCUUCGCGCUAUGGGGCUGGAGGUGCGACAAGUGCCUACUAUUCCCGAAUCUCUUGAGACGGGCAAAGUGGUCGCGGCCAAUGCAGAGGCCUUCGCCCCAUUUGUUAACGACCGAACUCGUGCCAUCGGCCUUAGCUCCAUCAUGUUUCACAGUGGACAGAAGAACGAUGUUAAGGAAAUUUGCAAUGUGUACCGUCCGAGAGGGAUUCACGUCCUUGUAGACAUGACGCAGCAGGUUGGCUUUGCGCCCGUCGAUGUCACCGAUCUAAACGUUUCGGCAGCCGCCUUUGGGUUCCACAAAGGUCUCAAUUGCCCCACUGGACUUGCAGCUCUCUAUGUGAGUCAAUCUGUCAUUGAGGAGGCAGACCCUUCCCCUCCCGUCGUUGGGUACGGAGCCGUGUCAAAUGUGAGGGGUGACGUGCUGGUCCCUUCAAAUCCAAUCAUAUAUCACCCAAACGCGCGGAGAUUUGAGCACCUUAAUGUUAGUCUCAUAUCAUGUGCUGCAGCUAGGAAAUGGUUUGAGUUCUACCUAGACGUAAUGGGCCCUGAAAACGUCCAAGAGCACCUUAAAUCCCUGGUCGACACGCUACGGAACGCAUGCAGGGCACUUGGGAUUAAGAUUGUGGGGCCCGAAGACCGUGAACACCACGCACCGCAUCUUUACAUUCUUGACCUUCAUGGCGCAAAGUGGAUGGAGCACCUGACGGCACAUAAAGUCUAUGUGACACUCUAUCGCCUGGGGAAUUGGGUUUCCUUCGGCUACUAA